UGUCUGACGUCAGAGCAGUCACAAGACCUUGCUGCUCGCGGAGAGUAGUGCGCGAGGCCACGGGGCAAGUCGUCCACAUUUUGUUAUGUAGCGUCUCAAAGACACGACUUGAGCCACCAUGGCCACGGAGAACCAGCAUUCACGGGUCUCUUGGACCGAAAUAGACUACUGUUUUCUGUGAGAAUAUUCCAGUUUUCGCGGCGGAAGAACAAAAAGCUCUCCCCGGCGGCUCUCCGUGCUCUAUCGGGGGAAGGCAUUGUGUAUGCGUGCGUGGCGGCUGUUGUUGUCGGCGGCAGAGUCUGGCUAGCUUUAGCCGCACAUCUCCAAGUCAACACAGUGUGCGUAACAUCGACGCUAAGCUAACGGGGGGGUCGGCUGUUAGCUUGGCCGGUUUGUUUGGUGGGAGCUGGUGUGUGUAGGUGAUGUUGUCCGUGCUGUCGUACGGUAGACUGGUUGCCAGAGCUGUCAUCGGCGGACUUUCUCAGACAGACAGCCGCGACUACAGCCUGGUGACAGCGAGCUGCGGCUUCGGCAAGGAUUUCCGCAAAGGUAUCCUGAAGAAAGGGAUGUGCUAUGGGGACGACGCGUGCUUCAUCGCCCGGCACAGAUCCGCGGAUGUUUUAGGUGUAGCAGAUGGAGUAGGCGGCUGGCGGGACUAUGGAGUGGACCCGUCGCAGUUUUCAGGCACCCUGAUGAAGACGUGCGAGAGGCUGGUGAAGGAAGGACGCUUCGUCCCCAGCAACCCUGUGGGAGUCCUCACGACCAGCUACUACGAGCUGCUACAGAACAAAGUGCCACUGCUGGGUAGCAGCACGGCCUGCAUCGUGGUUUUGGACCGGCAGAGUCACCGACUGCACACGGCCAACCUCGGAGACUCAGGCUUUCUGGUGGUGCGGGGAGGAGAGGUGGUCCACCGCUCGGACGAGCAGCAGCACUACUUCAACACGCCCUUCCAGCUGUCCAUCGCUCCCCCAGGGGCCGAGGGGGCCGUCCUUAGUGACAGCCCUGAUGCAGCAGACAGCUCUUCCUUCGACGUCCAGCUGGGUGACAUCAUCCUCACCGCCACCGAUGGGCUCUUCGACAACAUGCCCGAUUAUAUGAUCCUACAGGAGCUGAAGAAACUCAAGAACACGAACUAUGAGAGCAUCCAGCAGACGGCCCAGAGCAUCGCGAAGCAGGCACAUGUACUGGCCUAUGACCCUAACUACAUGUCACCUUUUGCACAGUUUGCAUGUGACAACGGGCUGAAUGUAAGAGGAGGAAAGCCAGACGACAUCACAGUGCUGCUGUCCAUAGUGGCAGAAUACACUGACUAGAGUGUAUGUGGAGCUGUGACAGGGGGCAUCUGCCUCUGCAGGUGAAGGACUGCUUUGAUUCCUGCUGGCCAGGAUGAAAGACUGAUGUCAGAUGCUUCCCCCACAUAUGCUGCCAGCCCUCCAACCAGCUGACCAUCAACACCCCCCUCUCCAUAUAAAAACUCCUACAUGCCCACUCAGAGAUGGGCUGAAUCAAGAGGACCUGGGGACUGAGACAUCCUCCUGGUCAGGCUGCAGUGUUCCAGUGCUCACUGGAUAAUCCCAUUGGCUGGGAUAAGCAGUCAUUUGGAGAUGAGGAUCCUGUCUGACGAGGAUAAGUCGUCUUUUUCUGAUGUGUGGUUUGGGCAGGGAGGAAGUUGAGAUUCAGAGACGGAGGCAGAUGUAGCCAGACGGUAGAUGUUAGACUAUUAAAGCGGCCCCACGCUGGGCUGCUGGAAGGGAAAGAUACACUCCAUCAGUAGUGUCAAGAAGGGAACUGCACAGGAAAUGGCAGCACUAGGGCUCAAUAAAUGGCCUGCCUUGUGCAAGCGGAUGUUCCUAAUGAUAACAGUGGUAGUUUGAAAACCUUCGUCAAAGGUCUUUGUAUGUGCGUGCUGAGAGUACAGGCUUGAAUAGUAGGAUAUGACCAGUGUGCUGUUGUGGGAUGUUUUGUUGAAUAUUUGCAACAAAAAAAAAAAAGAGUGUAUGUGACAUUUUUACAUGUUGUUAGUUUCUGUGCAGCGUGAGUCAAUGAGAUUGAAUGCAGAAGAGUGGCAGCUGCCUUCUCCCGUACCAGUGCAGUUCAAGUCUUGCACACAUUUUGUUACUUCAUGGCUGCUGGGAUGAGGAUUUUCUAGCUAUCCAUAAAUGUGUAGUGUCAAACUGAUGCUCUCCCUUUAAUCUCACAGCUGCUGCUGCUGAAGUCUCGAUUGUGAUUUACUUGUGUGUGUGAUGAAUGCUUGUCAGUGUGUAUUGAUAUGUGUAAUUAGUGUCUAUGAAAUGGAUGUGAAGGCUACAGACAUCUCCGUAUCCACUGGGCUAAAUCAGUCUGGCAGCCUUAAACGCACAAAGCUUAAGAAGCAUAUCAAAAAAAAAAGAAAAAAAAAAGCUUGACAGUGGAAGUUGGUCAGGUGACCAAAUGUAUUUUUGUAACUUCUUUUGUUCAGUGGGAUUUUCUUUAAUUCUUUGGACUGAUCAAAAUGUGGGAUUAGCUUUAGAAACCUGUCAAUCAGCAUUUCUGUUUCCUUUCCCUCCCUCCUGCUGUAGAGCUCCACCGGCUCGCUCAUUCAUUCAUUCAUUCAUUCAGUCAGGUCACUGCAGGUUUCAUGUGAAACAUGGUCAGUAUGUUUCUGUCACUUCACUACAGAUUUGCACUCUGCAUUUUACCCAAAGCUCACAGUCAUAUCCACAUUGUGAUGUGCCUUGUAUCAAGUGUUGUUGAUACUGGCAAAUGUCCAUCUUUCCUUAAACCUCCGGCUAUGUGCACGUAGCCUCAAACUGUUAAGUAGCCAUAAAAGUAAAACUUCCCCAUCAUGCCCUGCUGUCUUAACACAAGGUCUUUUCAGCUACAGUAGGUUCAACCUGUAUUCUCCUGAAAGCUCCUCUCACUCACAGGAGUGUAACAUGAUAAAGCCAUCGCAAGCUUAGAAAAUCCACCUUUUUACAAACUGCGCUCUUUAACGGACUGUUUGAGUUCACACUGGACUGUGUCAGUUUCAUGGAGGAGGAGCAGUGGAUGGUCAAAUGUGAGUUUGAAGUGUCAUAGCACUGAGGACAAUCUAAGCAGCCUUAAUGAUAUUACAAAGCAAUUCUGACAGUCAGACGGUACAGCCACUGUUUACUGACUCAUACCUGCCCUGACAUCGCUCAUCUUCCUCUUCCAAACACUUUGUUACAACCACAACAUGUCUGUCUAUAUAUUCUGGGUGUACAUUUCAAUGCAGAUCUAAGCUCUGUGGUUCAAAAAAGAAAAAAAAUUAAAGCUGUACAAUAUUUAAAUAAAAA